AACAAAAACACCAUAAAGGAGGAGAAAAGGGAGGAGGGAAGGAGGCGGAGGUUGCCGGGGGAGCCCGCUCGGAUGGGCGAAGAGCCGCUCUGAACCGUGCCUGUGUUGCCGGGGAUUAAAGCGUGAAUGGGAGCAGCUCCCCGGCCGCGAUGGAGAGAGGAGGCGGCUCCGGCUGUGGCCAUCAGGUUUGCUCCCACAUGAGUCCCUGAGGUUCCUGCUGGCAGCUCCAGCAGUGCUGCCCAGAAGUGCCCUCCUGCUCCUGGGCUCAGCAGCCGAGGUCUCUCCAAACCUGCUUCUGCAAUGGGUGGGUUGUAAGCACUGGUAAUGAGGAGCUGUGGGCCCAGUCAGUCUUGGAGAUGCCGAAGAGACGAGACAUCCUGGCUAUCGUGCUGAUAGUUCUGCCCUGGACUCUCCUAAUCACCGUCUGGCACCAGAGCACCAUUGCUCCACUGCUUGCAGUGCACAAGGAUGAUGGUGGUGACUCCCAGCGUGAUCUCGCUGCAGGCUUGGACUCCAAGGAAUACUGCCUGUCGGACCGGGACAUAGUGGAGGUGGUGAGGACAGAGUACGUGUACACGCGCCCACCGCCGUGGUCAGACACGCUGCCCACCAUCCACGUGGUCACCCCCACCUACAGCCGGCCGGUGCAGAAGGCAGAGCUGACCAGGCUGGCCAACACGCUGCUGCACGUGCCCAACCUGCACUGGAUCCUGGUGGAGGACUCGCAGCGCCGCACGCCGCUCAUCACGCGCCUGCUGCGCGACACGGGGCUCAACUACACGCACCUCAACGUGGAGACGCCGCGCAACUACAAACUGCGCGGGGACACCAGGGACCCCCGCAUCCCCCGCGGCACCAUGCAGAGGAACCUGGCCCUCAGGUGGCUCAGAGAGACCUUUAACAAGAACAGCACCCAGCCCGGCAUUGUUUACUUUGCUGAUGAUGAUAACACCUACAGCCUGGAGCUCUUCGAGGAGAUGCGCAGCACCAGGAAGGUGUCGGUGUGGCCCGUGGCCUUCGUGGGCGGCCUGCGCUACGAGUCGCCCAAGGUGAACGCGGCGGGGAAGGUGUACGGCUGGAAAACCGUGUUUGACCCGCACCGGCCCUUCGCCAUCGACAUGGCCGGCUUCGCCGUCAACCUGCGCCUGGUCCUGCAGCGCCCCCAGGCCUACUUCAAGCUGCGCGGCGUCAAGGGCGGCUACCAGGAGAGCAGCCUGCUGCGCGAGCUCGUCACCCUCGGCGACCUGGAGCCCCGGGCCGCCAACUGCACCAAGAUUUUAGUCUGGCACACAAGGACAGAGAAGCCUGUGCUGGUGAACGAGGGCAAGAAAGGAUUCACAGAUCCCAAUGUGGAAAUCUGACUGUGCAGAGACCAACACCAGAAGAUUUCUUUAUGCACAGCCUGGAAGUUCCUCUGCACAGCACCCACCCAGCAGCCAGGCGGGAGCCAGCAUCUCUGCAGCUUCCACGAGUUUUAGCCUUCUGGAAAACCAACAACUCUGCACAGACGAACUGCCCGACCCCCUGCCCUUCCUCCCGCACUCGGAGCGGAGCAGAUGCUCCGGAGGUGGAGAAUAAAGCACAGCGAGCCAGGACUGCCCCUCCCGGCUCCAGGCUCCCAAUGGGACGGGGCUGCACCGGGCAGGGGCUGUUCGCCAGCCUGGGUGAGGCUGAGAGCCACGGGGGGACUGGUUCUGCUGAGACACACGGACCUUGUGACCAUGUGUGACAGCCUGAGCAGCUCUCUGGCCGUGGAGGGGACGGCUGCCUUCCGAGAUGGCACCUUAGCCCUUAAUUUUAAACCGACUUUAAUCAGUGUUUGUAACGCUGCACAAGACAAGGAAGGGUUUGGGGGAGGGGGGAAAGCAAGGCAGGUUAGAACAAACCCUUUAAGCAUCACUGUUUUCUGAUUUCCCUCUCCUUUUCCUUUCUCAGUUUCAUUCCUCUGUGGUGGAAGGGACUUUAAAGGUCCUCUGGUCCAACC